GCCGAGCCCCGCAAAGCAGCCAUCUGCCUCACAAUCUCGGCAAAGGGAAGCCCAAGACGUCUACAAACUGUUGAAAGAACAUGAGACAAACCCAUUGGCACCUUACAUUCAUGACCGACCAACUCCCACGGAUGCUCGACAUACUCGGCAAGUACAACAUCAAAAUCACUUACUUUGUCGAGUCAUGGAGCCUCGCCGUCCAUCCCACGGUCGUCAAGAACAUCAUCGCUCGAGGUCACGAGGUUGCUUGGCAUGGCUACCAACAUGAGCCACGGGUUUCACUUCCUCUUGAGGAGAUGCGCGACAAACUUGUCAAAAGCUUUGAGAUAGCUGAGGUGGUGGGGAUAAAUACUGCCCUUGGCGUGGCCCGAGUUGCCACCCCCUUCCUCCACAACCCUCAGCUUGCUUUCAGUCUUGUUCACAACUUCCCCGUCCUUCUGCAAUCAAAUCUCAUCAAGAGCGAAGCUCACCACAAGAUUUACCCAAACCCACCGCCAACACCCCCCAUCAACAAACCAACGAUGGCGUCCCGCGCUUUCUUCGACCCCCUCACUCUCCUCCGUCUCGCCCCCGCCAUCAGCAGCACCGCAUCCUUAACUCUAGCCUGGGACCAGCACUGGAUGCUGCGCAUCUUCACCCUUCCCGAACUCGAGCUCGACAGCAACUUGUAUCUGCCCAAAUGGUUCCACGCCUUCUUCCGCGCCGGCUUACCGAGCGUCCUGGCUUUUCUCUCAGUAACCAUGACGACAGCGACGCUCAAUCUCCGUUCAGAGAGUCUCUUGCUCAAGCGAAGGGGUUCGUACUACUGGUACGCGGCCGGAGCAGUGCUUGCGGCGGGACAUCUGCUUUUUGUUCCGGCUGUGGCGCCGAGGAUUCAGGCUAUUGUUGAGGAUGAGACCAAAGAGAAAUCGGUGGGAGAGUUGAGAAGGUGGUUGAGAGUCAAUGGUAUCCGUGGGUUGACCACUGAUUUGGGGGCUUGGGUGUGCUGUGUUGUUGCUGUGGUGAGGACUUUCAGUGUGUGA